GUAGCUAAGGCUGUAGUGGCGUGGAAUUUACUCAUCACGUCAAUCUCAUUCAUGCCGAUCUUGUCUGAAAUCGUGUCAGACGGAAGCCCGAGUGGAGGAUGGAGGAUUUUCCUCAAGUACUAUGAGCCCCAAAAAAGCAGAAAAGAAGAGACUCUUGAAGGAAUACCAUAGCUUCGCGAUGCAUGCGGGUGAAAACCCACAGGAGUACUUCGGUAGGUUCUCUAUUUUGCGGAGUAGGCUAGCGUCGCACGGGACAGUGUAUCCCGACAACGAAGCAAACGACCACUUGGUGUCCGCCCUGUCAUCCGACUACAAAUUAGAGAAGAAACUCUUGGACCGCACCCCUGAUUUGAAUUUUGAGCAGAUUGAGGAUUCCGUGAAGGAGGCCCACACGGACCUGGUGCGCGCACGGGAGGAGGAACAAAAGAGUGGCGUGGGGCACGCCUUCGUCGCUUCCGGUGCGCCCCGGGGCGACGGACGUGUCCCAAAUGGGUCGAGUGGGAACGGCGACGGACAGGACGGCAAAGGCGACGGUCGGAGCAGGAGCGACGAGACCAGAAGAGACAGGCGUUGCCACGUUCAUCCGCGGUCAAACCACACCAACGCGGAGUGCUACCAACAGCAGCGGGAUAAGGAGCGAAAGCAGCGGAACCAGCAGCGGCGGCAGCAAUCAUCGCAACAGCAACAGCCGCAGCAGCCUCAACAGCAGCAUCCGCAUCAGCCUCAGCAACAGCAGUACUACCAUCCUCGUCCUCAACGGCAGCAGCAGCAGCAAGGCGGCCGCGGUGGGGGGGGCUGGGGUGGUGGACCCCAGCACGGACCUCAUGGCGGACGCGGAGCGCAGCAAAGGUAUGGAAACCCUCCCCCCCCUCACCCGCAGCAGCAGCAAUGGCGACCCCCGCACGGGCAUGCAAACGUGAUGCACCACGAGUACGGUGCAACGCCCUACGGGGGGCCCGCAAACAGUAGCGAGUAUGGGGGUUGGGAGCAGCCGCAGCCACAGUACCAGCAGCCCCCGCCUGACUACACCCAGCAGCAGCAGCCGUACUACCCGCCACCGACGCCUUACUACGAGCAACAGCAGCCGCCGCCACAGCCUCCGCCUCCGCCGACGUUCCAGCAGCAGCAGCCGCCGCAGCUGCAGCAGCACUCGACUCAUGCCCCGCCCCACUCAUCUCCUCCCGGAGCAGCAGCACCGGCCCCGGGCUCCCUUCGCGUCUUGAUGGCACGUUUCGUGUCUGCAGGCGAGAUCAUUCCGAGUGCUGUUGUAGCGAGUACCGAGCGUGAGAGUGGUAAUGGAUUUGCUUUAUCUGCGCAGAACCCGCUUUCCCGUUUUGGUAGAGAGAAGUUUUGGGCCGACAGCGGUGCGACGAACACUUUUGUGAGCAGUAGUCAUCAAAUGUUCGACUUGAGGCCAGUGCCGACAGGCAAAGAGUACAUUCAGGUUGGCAACGGUGCCUAUUUGCGCGUACAAUGUGUGGGGAAGGUCAACAUGGCUUUCCACAUGCAAGACCAGGGAGGAGAGCGUGAUUUUUGUGUGCAAAUGUCGGACGUGUACGUUGUGCCCGGAAUCACUUUCAACUUGUUUUCGUUGCACCACACGCAGCGUAAGCAACGGAUCGUCCUUGACGAGACAGGCGUACAUCUCUUUGAUGGUAGACUUUCCUUCGCACACUCUGACGUAGGAUGCUCGCUCUGGGCUAUGCGAUUGCCCCAAGAUUACUGUGGUCGUGCUGUGACCUCUAGCCCCGAUGCCCCUCCCCGUGUGUCUGCCCAAGCGUCCCCGCCUAGCAUUGGCACAGGAUUUGUUGCGGCCACCCCUUCCCUUUUCCAGAGUGCAGGAACGGGCACGAGUGCGAGUGCGACUUCUGGCUUCCAGUCCGUCGCAUCGGCCGGCGUUGUACCUGCGACUUCUGGCUUCCAGUCCGUCGCACCGGCCGGCGUUGUACCUUCGACUGCAGACGUCCAGCCCACCGGAUCCGACGGUGUAGUACCUUCGAGUUCGAGCGUCCCCUCUACCACUUCCGGUGUAGUGCUUCCGAUUUGUGCUUUUCCGUCCGUCGACGUAGACCCAACCCCCACGACGAUCCCCGAUUUUCAGCCUGUGAUUACGGCUGCCGUAGAAUCGUCUUCGACUGUGUCUACCCCUGCCGUAGAGCUGACAGACUUUCGCGAGAUAGAGAUCAACCCCCUUUUUUCCCAGGAUGCAUUACCAAUCAUGGACAUGAGCAUGUUUCUGGAUGUUGGGUUGAUGGAUAGCAAAGACACGGUCCCCCCGGGUGAUUUUUUCCUGAUGCGCUUGAAUUAGCUGAGUCUGCGGAUCCACCCCACCUUGCAUUCACUGUGCAGCAUGAUGAUUUGGAAGUGUUGAGCGGUUUUCUUUCCGAGUGCAAUGAGCAGCAGGCCGCAGCCCCUCCGUCUCUUUCCCACGCGUUGGCGAUUAUCGCCCCCGGUGCUUCCCCAUUUUCGGUAGGAAAAUCCACGCCCACCAUCGACAUUAACCUGUUCCACGCUUCCACCGGCCACGAGGGCCCCGGUGCCGCGGCGUGGGACACGCGCGGCGGUGCCGUUCGGCAAGGUCCACAUCGAUCUCACGGGCCCGUUCACCGAGGCGAUGGACGGCUCCCGGUACCUGAUCAUGUUCGUGGACAGCGCAUCGCGGUGGCAACGGGGGUACGGGAUGCGGGCGAAGAUCGACACGCUGAAGUACGUGAAGCGCUUCUUGGCCGACAUGAACGGCAUGGGCACUCCGGGAUGUUUCCGCAUGGACAACGGCGGCGAGUUCACCGGCGCCGCUUUCAUCGAGUUCUGCGACGC